ACCCACUCCCCUAUAUAUAUACACUCUCUCUUAUUGCAAUACCCAAAUCAAACCACAAACCCUCUUUUCUCGAAAUUCCUCAAUUUUUUUUCAAAUCCAAAUUCAUUUAAAUGGCUUCUUCCUUAGUCAGUAGCAGUGUCAGAGACUCUUCUCACUCAUCAUCUGGCGAGAUCCAUCUCUUUGUGGGUCCCAUGUUCGCUGGUAAAACGACCUCCCUUCUUCGUCGUAUUAAGUCUGAGGCUGACAGCGGCAGGAAUGUGGCAAUGUUAAAAUCAAGCAAGGAUAAUAGAUAUGCAAUUGACUCUGUUGUGACUCACGACGGGAUCAAAUUUCCUUGCUGGGCAUUACCAGAUUUGAUGUUGUUCAAAGAUAAAUAUGGCCACGAGGCUUAUGAAAAGUUGGAUGUGAUUGGUAUAGACGAGGCUCAAUUUUUUGAGGACUUGUAUGAUUUUUGCUGCAAGGCUGCUGAUGAAGAUGGUAAAAUUGUGAUUGUUGCAGGCCUGGACGGUGAUUACUUAAGGAGAAGCUUUGGCUCAGUGCUUCAUAUAAUACCGAUUGCUGAUACAGUUACUAAGUUGACAGCUCGCUGUGAACUGUGUGGUAAACGGGCUUUCUUUACUUUGAGGAAGACGGAAGAAACACAAACUGAACUAAUUGGUGGGGCCGAUUUAUACAUGCCGGUGUGCCGCCGUCACUAUGUGAGCGGUCAAGUUGUGGAAGCUGCCAAGAGUGUUUUGGAAUCUCAAAAUGUUAAAAGUGAUUCUCUUCUUGAGGGAACUUCAGUUGUUUAACAGUAAUUAAUAGGAAUAGGAAUUGGCUUAUGUGCAUGUUUGGAUUUGCGGUGAGUUUCACAAAUGCCACUGUGAUUUUGGUAAAAGACACACUUUAGAGCUUCAACUAUCUGUUAAACUCACGAUGACUCCAAACAUGCCCUAUAUAUGACCUUAACAUGUUUACUUGAUUCUGUUAUGGUGUGUGAUUCAGCCAGUUUGUUCAACAACAAACCAUGUUGCGUCUCACAUGAUCUAUUUGUUUUUUUACUAAUUGAGUUAUUAUUAUGUAUGUGUGAUAAAGGAGUUUGUUUAAUAUCCUACUUUCUCAUAUUAUAUUAUGCAUUGCUAAUCAAUAAAGAUGUAAUUUCUCAAAA